CGCCACUUGGCUGACCACUUGGUGCGAGUUCCCGAAAAGCAGCUGGUCGGUUCCGAUUCGAUUCGGUUGCCCGCAGCGAUACCGGUACCGACGACGACGACAACGACGACGAGAGGAUGCUGCAGACGGCGUGGACCGCGGUCGGCGUCGGCGGCGUCGCCCUCCUCCUGUACCUCUCGUUCACACCCCGCCCCGUGACGCUGCCUGUCGCAGGUGGCGACAAGGUCGGUCACGGCCUCGCGUACUGUCUCCUGACACUGUGGUGGGCGCAGUGUGUACACGGAACGGCCGUGCCAGCGCUCGUUCUAUCGUUUGCGCUGCUCGGCGUCGCGAUCGAGUACGUGCAAGGCGCGUCUGGCUGGCGCACCUUUGACGUCGACGACAUGCUUGCCAACGGGCUCGGCGCACUGUUGGGCGGCGGCCUCGCCCUCGCCACGCCCAACGCCUUGGACGCGCUCGAGCGCAUCCUACGGAAGCGAGACCGACGUCCAGAGUAGGCGUCGCUGUAAUCCAGCAUGCGAAUGACUUAGCCUGUCGAACCGACCUUGAUGCAAGAAGCAUCCGCGUACCCAAUGUACUCAGUACGAGUUGACAGCACGCAACGAACGCGACAGUCGGACCAGAUCGCCGUGUCAACUCAUACAAGUGCUUUAU